AUGACUAUCACUGACCCAGUCACAAUACUGUCUAUUAUCCUAUGUAUUUUGGUGGCGAUACUUUACUAUGGAUGCAGCAGAAACCAUUGCAGAAACCAUUGUCACAAUCUCCCUCCUGGUCCCACGCCAUUACCUAUCAUCGGAAACAUCCACAUUCUAAACUUUAAAAGACCUUAUGAAACUCUACACCAGCUCUCUAAGAAGUACGGGCCAGUGUAUAGUAUACAGAUAGGAGAGGAGAAAAUGGUGGUCCUGGCCGGAUAUGAGACGGUGAAAGAUGCCCUGGUAAACCAUGCAGACACGUUUUCUGAAAGAGCCAUAGUCCCACUUUACGAUGAGAUAAUGAUGGGACACGGAGUUAUUUUUGCUCAUGACGAAAACUGGAGAGUAAUGAGACGGUUCACUCUUUCAACUCUCCGAAACUUCGGGAUGGGGACGGAAACAACUGAAAACAAGAUUAAAGAUGAAAGUGAUUUUUUAGUGAAAAAGAUAAACACCUACGAAGGCAAACCGUUUGAUAAUACUGAUAUAAUAAAUGGUGCAUUUUCCAAUAUAAUCGUGUCCAUAUUACUCAGCCAUCGAUUUGAUUAUGACGAUCCGACACUCUUGAGGCUUAUGAAAAUUUUCUGUGACAAUGUCAAAUUAGUUGGUAGCCCAAUGGCCAUGCUGUACAACGCAUUUCCCUCUGUGCUGAGCUGGUUUCCUGGAAUUCAGAAAACAUUGGCUAACAAUAGAGAUGAUAUCUUCCAAUUCGUAAGAGAGACUUUCACCGCCCAGAAGAAACAAUUGGAUGUUAAUGACCAGAGGAAUCUCAUUGACAGAUUCCUGGUGAAACAGCAGGAGGAAAAACCUAAUCCGAAAUUAUAUUUCACCAAUGAAAAUCUACUAGCUCUUGUGAUGGAUCUCUUUGCUGCUGGGAUGGAGACCACCUCCACCACUCUGAGAUGGGGUCUUCUGCUGAUGAUGAAAUACCCCGAAAUCCAAAGAAAAGUCCAAAAUGAGAUUGAUAAAGUUAUUGGUACAUCAGCGCCUCAGGCCACUCAUCGUAAGGAAAUGCCCUAUACUGACGCUGUUAUUCACGAGAUCCAAAGAUAUGGAAAUAUAGUUCCAGCAAAUCUCCCACAUGCUACUACUCAGGACGUCACAUUCCGAGGGUAUUUUAUCCCAAAGGGGACAUACAUAAUUCCACUGCUGACGUCAGUGCUGUAUGACAAGGAUCACUUUGAAAAACCGGAAGUUUUUUACCCAGAACAUUUUCUGGACGCCGGCGGCAAUUUUGUGAAGAAUGAAGCGUUCAUGCCUUUCUCAGCUGGUAAGAGAAGUUGUGCCGGUGAGAACUUGGCUAAAAUGGAGCUCUUCAUGUUCUUCACAAAGCUGCUGCAGAACUUCACCUUCCAGGCUCCUCCAGGGGCCACACUGGACUUGACUCCUACAGCUUUUGUUAUAUGUACUCCUAUGAGCCAUAUGAUGUGUGCUGUCCCUCGUAUAUAA